ACAUAGCGCUUUGCGUCACUUCCGGCCCUCCCUCUUGGCUUCCAUCUUGCUCCCCGCGUGUGUGCGCGCCCUGUCUCGCGGCUCCCUUGGAGGCCUUUUAAUCAGCUCUGCAUCACUUUCACAACCGCCUGCUGCGCGCAGAAGAUGAAAGAAUCAAUCAUGAAUCAAGAAAAAUUAGCCAAAUUGCAAGCUCAAGUGCGCAUUGGUGGAAAGGGAACAGCCCGCAGAAAGAAGAAGGUUGUCCACAGAACGGCUACUGCAGAUGAUAAAAAAUUACAGUUUUCCCUGAAGAAACUUGGAGUCAAUAAUAUAUCUGGUAUUGAAGAGGUAAAUAUGUUUACAAACCAAGGGACAGUUAUCCAUUUCAACAACCCAAAAGUCCAGGCUUCCUUGGCAGCAAAUACUUUCACCAUUACAGGCCAUGCUGAGACCAAGCAACUCACAGAUAUGUUACCAAGUAUCCUAAACCAGCUGGGAGCAGACAGUCUAACUAGCUUAAGGAGACUUGCUGAGGCUUUGCCUAAACAAUCGGUCGAUGGGAAAGCACCACUUGCUACCGGGGAGGAAGAGGAUGAUGAAGUUCCAGAUCUUGUUGAAAACUUCGACGAGGCUUCAAAGAAUGAGUCUAUCUGAAUAGCAGAUCGCCGAAGAAUCAGAGCCUGAAAAGACAAAUUAAGCUGCUAUUUUCUAUUGUGAUGGCAUACGUUUUUUGUUUGUUUUUCUUCAACCUGAGAUUAAAUCCUUUCAAUAUUGCAGCACCUCAGUUACUGCUUCUAAGCAGAUAAAGUUAAGUCCUGGAAAUAAACUUUGAUAUAAUAUAAAAACUUUAAUUGCCUAUCGUUGUUUCAAUAUGGUUUACAAGCUACUUACAAACAAGUGAAACCAAUAAAUAUUUAACAUUGUAUAUGGUGGCUAUACAUGUUUAAUGCUGAGUCUAUUAAAGGAAAACUUCUUUGAACAUGA